GCUUUUGUGUAAUAAAAUGUACAAUAAUGAUAUUUAUAAAAAGAAAAUGAAAAUAAUAAAAUAAUUUUUUUUUACAAUGAUAAAAAAAGAUAUUCAAAUACCUUAUGUAUACUUUAUACAAACAAGACAUUUCUCAAGUGGAAUAAAUUGAUCAUAGAUUAAAAUGGUUAAACAAGUAGAACAAGAAUCUACUGGUUGGACAAAUUGAAUAAAUUAUCUGUGGUUGGACAAAUGAAUCGAGAUAUUCGAGAUGUAAAAUAAAACAGAACCAGUUAGACAAGUAGAAAUGGAAUUGGAGAAUCAAAACGGCUAUACUUGUAGCCACAAUAGAGCUAUCGAAUUUUAUGCGGAAUCGAUUACAGACAAUAAUGCUUUUAUCGGCAAGUGCAGAAAUGAUUGCAACGAUUUGUUUAUUUCAAUGGGAUACGCUACGCCUAGAAACGCAAAGGGUAAUUAUGAUCUCGUAACAAAUGCGCAUAGUCCUUAUGGUCGAGGCUACGAAGGAGUAAAUGAUGAAUAGGAUAUUUUAUUUAUCAAAAUUGAUUAUAUUUAUUACAUGAUUUGUAUAAAUUUUAUUACGUAUAUGUAUUAAAUAUUUAACUUUAGAUAAAAUAAAUUAAAAAAAUAAAAUGA